AUGAGGGAUCGGGGGAUGAGGGAUGGGGAGAUGAGGGAUGGGGGGACGAGGCAUGGGGAGAUGAGGGAUGGGGAGAUGAGGGAUUGGGAGAAGCGGGAUGGGGAGGUGAGGCAUGGGGAGGUGAGGGAUGGGGCGGAGAGGGAUUGGGAGGAGAGGGUUGGGGGGAUGAGGGAUGGGGAGAUGAGGGAUGGGGGGACGAGGCAUGGGGAGAUGAGGGAUGGGGAGAUGAGGGAUGGGGAGAUGAGGGAUGGGGAGAUGAGGGAUGGGGCGGAGAGGGAUUGGGAGGAGAUUGAAAAUGGGGAGGGGAGGCAUGGGGAGAAGAGGGAUGGUAAGAUGAGGGAUGGGGACAUGAGGGACGGGGAGAUGAGGGAUGGGGAGAUGUGGGAUGGGGCGGAGAGGGAUGGGGGGAUGAGGGAUGGGGAGAUGAGGGAUGGGGGGACGAGGCAUGGGGAGAUGAGGGAUGGGGAGAUGAGGGAUGGGGAGAUGAGGGAUGGUAAGAUGAGGGAUGGGGACAUGAGGGACGGGGAGAUGAGGGAUGGGGAGAUGUGGGAUGGGGCGGAGAGGGAUGGGGGGAUGAGGGAUGGGGAGAUGAGGGAUGGGGGGACGAGGCAUGGGGAGAUGAGGGAUGGGGAGAUGAGGGAUGGGGAGGUGAGGCAUAGGGAGGUGAGGGAUGGGGCGGAGAGGGAUUGGGAGGUGAGGGAUAAGGAGAGGAGGGAUGGGGAGGUGAGGCGUGGGGAGGUGAGGGAUGGGGAGGUGAGGGAUGGUAAGGUGAGGGAUGGGGAUGCGAGGCAUGGGGAGAUGAGGGAUGGGGAGAAGAAGGAUGGGGAGAUGAGGGAUGGGGAGAUGAGGGAUGGGGAGAUAAGGCAUGGGGAGAGGAGGGAUGGGGAGAUGAGGGAUGGGGAGAUGAGGGAUGGGGAGAUGAGGAAUGGGGGGACGAGGCAUGGGGAGGUGAGGGAUGGGGAGAUGAGGGAUGGGGAGAAGAGGGAUGGGGAGAUGAGGCAUGGGGAGAUGAGGGAUGGGGAGAAGAGGGAUGGGGAGGUGAAGGAUGGGGAUAAGAGGGAUGAGGAGGAGAGGGAUGGGUGUACACGACGGAAGGGGAGUUAG